AUGGUGUUGCAAAGGAGGAAGACGGCCAGAGCGCGGAUGCAACGCCCAGAUAUUAAAUUUGAGCCGGAAGAGUCGGAGGAGGAGGAGGGUAGCGAGGACGAGUACGUUGCCGAGGAUUCGCAAACAACUGGAAGGUUUGGGCACGCGAACAAGCGUCGAAAACAUCAGGAUUCGCACUCGGACUCGGACGUGGCCGCGUCUGACAAUGAAGGAACUACUAAACGCCAUAGCAUUUCCAAUGUGCCCCUUUCCCCUGGCCCUACUCCCCAGGUCCAGAGGAAGAGGAAGACAACUAAUGCGUCUGAUGUGACCCCAGCUUCGAAGAGGAAGAAGGCAGCUGAGGUGGAGGCAGUUGAUGAUCCAAUCAGGAAAUAUUGCCUUGGAAAGCUGGAGGAACUUUUCCGUGAUAUUUUCCUCCGCUAUCCUCAUGUACACGUUAAGAUUGAAGAAGGUGGCCAAGGGCAAAAGAGCGUCAUCAUUCCGAAACCGUUAGAAGAACUGAGCGACGAAGACAAAGAUGCUUUGAUUGAGGAGUCGAAACAGUUUGCAGAAGGGCUUGAGCGAUGUGUUUUUGAGAUCUACUCUGAACCAGAUAGGAAUGGAAAUUCUCAAGCUGGAGGAAACUACAAGGAUCGUUUCAGGAUGCUGCAGUUUAAUCUUAGCAAACCUGACCGUGUCAUUAUUCACCAACGCAUUACUUCUGCCAAUAUUUCUCCCAAAGAGAUUUCUCUGAUGUCCUCCACUGACCUAGCGGACGAGGAAACAAAGCAAUCCAUCAAGAUUGCGGAAAAGGAAGCCUUGGCGUAUUCUAUCCUGCAAAAAGCAACAGCGCCUCGCGCAAAGAUCACUCACAAAGGGUUACAGGAUAUCGAGGAUAUCAACGGACAGACGACAACGACGCGUGAACUUGACCGUCAGGUAGAGCGUGAUCUGGAAGGGGAGGAACGGAGGGAGCGAGAACGUACGGCGCGUUUGAAGGUGCAGCGGCAGCGUACUGACUCUGUCUCCGUUCCGCCUGAGUCUCCUACCGUAUCGCAGACUCCGUCCGAGUCCUGGGGUGCGCCUCCUCCCAUACCACCGCAUGCCGUCUCUACCAAUGCCGGUGAGAUGGCGUCGCCGAUCUCGAGACCACCCGUGAACCCGUUGUUCAUUCACACAGCGUCGGAACUUGCUCUGCCUGCUCCAGAGCCAGAGCUGAACUUGGCGGAUUUGAUAAAUAUUGACGAUGAGCCAACUGAACAAGAGUCUCUUCUUCCUUCAUCUUCAUCAUCGUUGCCUUCAAUGGUUGUCGACGAACCGAUGUCCACGGAACCUGUUGCGUUGGAGCCUCCAUCCCCAUCCUUGCCUCUCCCUACCGGCAUCUCCCCGUUCGCAGCCAGAGCUGAAAAGUCAAGAGCGAUGUCUUUUGACCUAAAUGCGCUUUGGAAUGCGCCGAAGAGCGAGGAUGCGUCGAAGACGGCGACGCCACGCUCUCCACCUCUUACUACAACACCUCCCCUUUCCAUAACAAACGGUGAUCAGAAGGACAUUCCGAUGGAGCUGGAAUCCGAGGCGGACGAUGAAGCCAAAGAUCAGGACUUUGAUAUGUUCUUGGAGGACAGAGAAGUUGAAAAGAUUGAACCCGUAAACGCCGCAGAUGUUCUCCAGGCGGCCUUUGACGCUCUCCCCCAUGUUUGGACAGGACAGAUUUCAAUGCCUCUCGACUCAACAAUACCUCAAGAAACAGCUAUCAUUGCUCGUCAGGUAGGAGGCAAACCCCUGGCCGCCAAUUCUCCUCUUUGGAAGACCCUCUUUCCUUCAUCAAACCUCAGAAUAGAUGGUCGCGUUCCCGUCGAGGGUUCUGCAAAAUAUCUACUGCAAAUGAGGAUGAACGCUGCAAAGGAGUUGUUCAGCGUUGCAUUCACACCUAGCUCGGAUGCAAGUGAAACUGGUUUCAAAGCAUUGAGUGACUUUUUGACAGCGAAGAGCCGCCAUGGUUUGAUCUUUCCUUGGGGUAGUAGACCAAAAGAGCAUCAUCCUGGACGAGAACUAUACAUUAUCCCAUUGCCCGCCACCCAGCCGCUGCCUGAUUACAUCGAACUUUUGGAUAACCUCAAACUUCCUCCGGUGCGAAAGGCGGAUUACCUGGUAGGAAUCUGGAUUCUCAACAAGGGCAAGCUUGCUCCUCCUCCGCCAUCCCCUCCCCCUCCUCCUGUCACCGUUCCUGCAUUGCCAGCGCAUCUGAGCAUACCAUCCUUCAACGCUGCAAUUGUUCCGCCUGCUACUGCCAGUACACCCCCAAUCCCCCAUCCUCCACCCAUUCUAUCAAACCUGCCACCAAUAGCGCCUGCUGCUCUUGCUGCCGAAGUCGCUUCUCUCACUCCAGAGCAAAUCCAAAAUGUUCUAAAGGCACUUGCCAGCGCCACUCCUCUUCUACCCACAGCACCACCAGCUCAAGUUCCACAGCAGUUUCGGCCGCCGCCACAAAACCCUCCUCCACCACCGGUACAACAUGCAAGGCUGCAGAUGCCUCCCUCCCACGCACAACCACAACUACCACCUCCACAGGUUCCACAGCGUUACCCCCCACCACCACCCACGACGCAACAUCAGCAACCAACUUGGCCUCCUCCACCGGCUCCUUACCCCAGCAACUAUCCACCUAUGCAGCAGCCAAACAUGCCACCUUAUCGAGGUCCUCCGCAACCGCCACCACCUUCUGUUUAUGAUCGUCCAGAUUAUGGACGCGAUCCACGUGCUGAUGUUGUAUAUGAGCGCGAACGUGGAGGGGGUGAUCGUGGUGACCGUCCUCAACACGACCGCGGAGGCAGCCGUGGUUGGCGUGGUGGAGGCCGUGGCAGAGGAAAAGGGUGGGAGAGCCCUCCGAGACCUAUCGAUUCUGGGUGGCCUCGUCGAGGGAGAGGAGGUGGUCCUGCCUCGAACAGCCCACCACGUCGAUGGUAG